GUAGGCUUAAUUCAGUAUGGCAAUUACCCACGAGUUGUUUUCAACCUGAAUACCUACACUGACAAAAAAGCUGUUGAACAAGCAAUGUCGGAAACCGUUCAAGAAGGAGGGUACGAAACUAAUACAUUUGGAGCCAUUGAAUAUGCAAGGUUAUUCUGUCGCUGUUCUUUCCUUGGAAAACUCAGUCUAUUAUGUUGCUGGUGCUCCCCGUUCCAAUUAUACUGGCAGAGUUGUGGUUUAUCAGGUUGAUAAUGAUGGCAAAAUAAUCAUCAUUGACUCUCAAAAAGGAGAGCAGAUUGGCUCUUAUUUUGGCAGUGUGGUGUGCUCUGUUGAUAUCAAUGGAGACUCCAUAACAGAUGUGCUGUUGGUUGGUGCACCCAUGUUUAUGAAUAAUUUUAAAAAAGAAGAAGGAAGAGUCUACAUGUUCAGGGUCACAAAGGGAAUUUUGGAAAAACGAGAAGUACUUGAAGGGCCUGAAGGACUGGAAAAUGCUCAGUAUGGAUCUGCUAUCAUUGCUGUUUCUGAUAUUGAUUUGGAUGGCUUUAAUGAUGUGAUAGUUGGAGCACCAUUAGAAAAUGAGAAUACUGGUGCUAUAUACGUUUACAAUGGUAAACAAAAGACAUUGCACACUAAGUAUUCCCAGAAAAUUUCUGGAUCGAACCCUGCAUUUGGUCAGCGAUUCCAGUAUUUUGGAAGAUCAAUAGAUGGCCAUAUUGAUUUAAAUGAUGAUGGAAUCACUGAUGUAUCUGUGGGUACCAGUGGAAAUGUAAUUCAACUCUGGUGA